GCCCGCGCCCGCCUGCUUACCGGACCAUGGCCCACGCGGAGCGCACCUUCAUCGCCAUCAAGCCCGACGGCGUGCAGCGCGGCCUGAUGGGCGAGAUCAUCAAGCGCUUCGAGCAGAAGGGAUUCCGCCUUGUGGCCAUGAAGUUCCUUCAGGCCUCUGAGGAACUCCUGAAGCAGCACUACAUUGACCUGAAAGACCGCCCAUUCUUCCCAGGGCUGGUGAAGUACAUGAACUCAGGGCCGAUUGUGGCCAUGGUCUGGGAGGGCCUGAAUGUAGUGAAGACAGGGAGAGUGAUGCUUGGGGAGACCAACCCAGCGGAUUCUAAGCCGGGCACCAUUCGUGGCGACUUCUGCAUUCAAGUUGGCAGGAACAUCAUUCAUGGCAGUGAUUCAGUAAAAAGUGCUGAGAAAGAAAUCAGCCUGUGGUUUAAGCCUGAAGAACUGGUUGAGUACAAGUCUUGUGCUUUUGACUGGAUAUAUGAAUAAGAGGUGGACGGAGCAUCAGUCCCCUCUGGCAGCACCUGAUGUGUCCCUGGGCACAGCUCUUCAUUCCACUAACUUGGAAGCAGUAGGAUGGAUGUUUCUUUCCUAAAGUAUAUCUACCAAUAAAGCCUUUGAAAACGG